CACACAGAGAGAGAGAGAGAGAGAGAGAGAGAGGCAGGUCGGGAAGUGCAGCGCGUGUGAGUGGAACUGGUCGGAGGAAGUUGAUCAAAGUGAAAAUGUCUCCAAAGAAAGUUUGUAUUGUUGGAUCUGGUAACUGGGGCUCCGCGAUCGCCAAACUCAUCGGUCACAAUGUACAGCAGCGAUCCAGCACCUUUGACCCCGUGGUCACUUUGUGGGUUUUUGAAGAAACUGUGAACGGCAGGAAGCUGUCGGAGAUCAUAAACACCGAGCACGAAAACGUGAAAUAUCUGCCAGGACACAAGCUGCCCGAGAAUGUGGUUGCCGUACCAGGAAUUGUUGAAGCCGUAACUGGGGCCGAUAUCUUGGUCUUUGUCAUUCCACAUCAGUUUAUUGGAAAGCUGUGUGACGAAAUGAAGCUGCAUGUCAAAGCAGGAGCCAUUGGUAUUUCCCUCAUUAAAGGUAUUGAUGAAGGCCCAGAUGGGCUGAAACUAAUUUCUGACAUCAUCCGAGACAAACUGGGGAUAGAAGUCAGUGUGCUGAUGGGGGCCAACAUUGCCAAUGAGGUGGCCGAGGAGAAGUUCUGCGAAUCCACUAUAGGUGCAAGAAACCUUCAGAGUGGACAGAUUUUUAAAGAAUUAAUGCAGACUCCCAAUUUUAGAAUCACCGUUGUGCAGGAAAGUGACACGGUAGAGCUCUGCGGUGCUCUGAAGAACAUUGUUGCAGUGGGGGCAGGUUUCUGUGAUGGCCUCGGUUUUGGCGAUAACACCAAGGCAGCAGUGAUCCGGUUGGGCCUGAUGGAGAUGGUGGCCUUCGCCAAGCUCUUCUGCAAGGGUGCUGUGAGCUCCGUCAUCUUUCUGGAGAGCUGCGGUGUGGCUGAUCUCAUCACCACUUGCUAUGGUGGCCGCAAUCGGCGAGUGGCUGAAGCCUUUGCCAAAUCCUCCAAGUCUAUUGAAGAGCUGGAAGCUGAGAUGCUCAAUGGGCAGAAACUUCAGGGUCCUCAAACAUCAGCGGAGAUUUUCAAGAUCCUGAAGAAGAGGGACAUGGUCAAGAAGUUCCCGCUGUUCGUGGCUGUGUACCAGAUCUGCUUUGAGGGAAGACCUGUUAAAGACUUCAUCUUGUGUCUGCAAAACCAUCCCGAACACAUGUAAACGAUGGAUCGAGCCUCCGUGGCUUUGCAUGAACGGGAUUUCCGCCAGCAAAUCCUCAGAAACGUACAAAACAACACAGGCUAAUUUCACUUUUGACUAACACCUUCUUUGAGAAAGAGGAUCUUCAAAGGUUAUUAUUACCACUGCGGUUUUGUGUUUAAACUGGACAUAUAGUUGCGCUUCAUAUUGUGUGGCUUUUUUCUCUGCUUUUAAGGGCUGCACUUCAAUGUUUAAAUUUGUAGAAAAUCUUUAACCUGUUUUCAUAGUAACUCCUGAUAAAUAUGACCAGAAUAUUGCUUUCUGAGAUUAAAAUGACACCUAAGCAAUUUAAAUUCUAAGACACAAGACUAAA